AUGGAGGAUGUCUACCUCAGCACACAAAGCAGCAACUACGGCAAUGGCUACAACAGCAAAUAUCGUGACUAUGACUACAGCAAGCUGGAUAAUGCCGAGCACGACAGCAGUGACCACAGCUGCGGCUACCUUAACGACUUUAACUACAAAAACCACGACUACCACUGCAACGACCCUGGCUGUACCGGCUACAACAACCUCGACUAUACCGAUCACGACGGCAGUAAACACGAUUGUGCCUACCACUACGACUGCAGCCACGACUACUACUUCCACAAGAAAAAUAACCACGACGAGUGCAAUGACAACCACCACAAGAAUCACCAAAGGAACAACCACCACGACUACAGCCACAUCAACCGUGACCAGUACUACCACGAUCGCUACUACAACUACUACUACCACGACGACAACGACUACACUGAGCCCAGGUAA